AUGACUUCAUUAGUAUGUUUAUCCGAACGACGUUUUCGUGAUAGUAAAUUAGCAACAAUCUAUACAGCAGUUAAUCGUGAUAUAAAACGAAUUAUUCUUCGUGUUUUAGAAAUUCCUGUUCACGGAAUGGGCGCUGAAACAUUAAUUACUCCUAUUAUUCAUAUUCUCACUGAACAAACUUCACCAUCACCUGAAUUGGUUGAAAAUGCAUUGCCGAAAUUGAUUAAACUUUCACCACCUGUGGUUAAACAAGUUUUUAAUCGACUUUUGGGUCUUCAUUCGCGCAUUCUUGCUCAACGUUUUCAAUUAGCAAAAAAAGAAGCAUUACAAGUGCUUGACAAACUUAAAAUACCGAUAAAAGCUGAUCGUGAAACAUUGAUUAAAAUAGCUCGUACUUGUUUGCAUAGAAAAUUAUCAAUUGAAAAUGGUGAUAUUCUCACUGAUAUUGUUGUCGAUGAUAUAUUAGCUAUAAAUGAAGCAGGCAAACCGAUUGAUUUAAAUAUGGUUGAAAUAAUGGAAAUGCAACAUCGAACAGAAGCUGAUUCACGUCUUGUACGCGGAAUCGUUCUUAAUCAUGGUGCUCAUCAUCCAUCAAUGCCUAAAGCACUUUAA